CCCAGCCCCCCACGGCCACGCACAGACAGCACCCUCGCUGCCUCGCACUCGACGGACGCACGCAGGCGCCCGCCCGCGCGAGCGACGCCGCUCGCCGUCGCCGGACGAGGCGCCGCCCGCCGGCAAGGAGGAGCUCCGGCUGCAAUCUCCGGUUAGCAAAUUUCCUUUUGAAAAUGGAUCAUAGUUCUGAUGAAGAUACGGAAAUCAGUGAUUCUGAGAUUGAUGAUUAUGAAGGCAAAAUAUAUGCAAGACUGAUGUCCGGAGAUUUAAAGGUCAAGAAGAAUGGAGAGAGUUAUACCUGUCCCUUCUGCAGCAGCAAGAAGAAGAACAAUUACAGCAAAAGUAGUCUGGUUCAGCAUGCUUCUGGAGUAGGUGCAGCACCUAAUCGACAGGCAAAAGAAAAGGCAACCCAUCGCGCCCUUGUCAAACAUUUGAAGAAUGAACUUGCUAAAUCACCUGAGCUACGGCCACAGGUAAUUCCUGUUGAGCCUCAGCCUCUUCAGAACAGAGAUGAGAAGUUUGUGUGGCCCUGGAUGGGCGUCCUAGUUAAUGUGCCUACUGAAUGGAAGGAUGGGCGCCAAGUUGGAGAAAGUGGAAAUCGUUUGAAGGAGCAACUAUCACACUUCUGCCCACUGAAGGUCAUCCCUUUGUGGACUUUUAGAGGUCAUACAGGAAAUGCUAUUGUUGAGUUUGGAAAGGACUGGAAUGGUUUCAGAAAUGCACGGACCUUCGAAAGCCACUUCGCAGCUGGAGGAUAUGGAAAAAGGGACUGGAUUGGAAAAAGGAAUCAAGGAUCAGAGCUUCAUGGAUGGGUUGCGCGGGCUGAAGAUUACAAUUCUCCUGGGCUGAUAGGGGAUCACUUGAGAAAAAAUGGUGACUUAAAAUCUGUCAAUGAUCUUGCGAAGGAAGAAGCGCGUAAAACUGACAAACUUGUGGCUAAUUUAGCUAACCAAAUUGAGGUAAAAAAUAGGUAUUUACAGGAGCUUGAGUGCAAAUACAGUGAGACAACUGCAUCUCUUGAGAAGAUGAUGGGGCAAAGGGAACAACUUCUCCAGUCAUACAAUGAAGAAAUUCGCAAGAUGCAGCAACUAGCUCGUAGGCAUUCUCAGAAGAUCAUUGAUGAGAAUCAAAAGCUGCGUUCUGAAAUUGAGACAAAAAUGAAUGAACUUGAUGUGAGAUCCAAGCAGCUUGACGAGCUUGCAGCAAAAAGUGGUUAUGACAGAAGGAACCUUGAGCAGGAGAAGCAGAAGAAUGCUAUCAGAUCCAGCCAUCUUAAAUUGGCAACAUUGGAACAGCAGAAAGCUGAUGAAAAUGUGUUGAGGCUUGUGGAAGAACAAAAAAGAGAGAAACAUGCUGCUUUGAAGAAGAUUCUGAUGUUAGAACAGCAAUUAGAUGCAAAACAAAAGCUUGAAUUAGAAAUACAGCAGCUGAAGGGAAAACUAAAAGUGAUGGAGCAUAUGCCAGGUGAUGAAAAUUCGGCGUCAAAGAAUAAAAUUAAUGAGCUAAGUGAGGCAUUGCAAGAAAAGAUAGAUGAACUGGAUGGAAUGGAGUCACUUAACCAAACUCUGGUUAUUAAAGAAAGCAAAAGCAACAUUGAACUGCAAGAAGCUCGGAAUGAGCUAGAAAAUGGCUUGCUUGAUAUUUCAGGUGGGCAGUCACAUAUAGGAAUCAAGAGAAUGGGUGAACUUGAUCUGAAAGCAUUUUCAAAGGCAUGCCGAAAGAAGUGCUCGGAAGAAGACGCAGAAGUUACUGCUGCAUUUCUUUGUUCAAAGUGGGAAGCUGAAAUUAAAAACCCUGAUUGGCACCCUUUCAGGAUUGUCAUGGCUGAUGGAAAGGAGAUGGAAAUAAUUGAGGAUGAUGCAAAGCUUCGAGGACUUAGAGAAGAACAUGGGGAAGAAAUCUACAUAUUGGUAAAAAAGGCACUGUGUGAAGUUAAUGAGUACAAAUCUAAGGGUAGCUAUCCCGUGGGAGAACUGUGGAACUUCAAAGAAGACCGAAAGGUGACCCUGAAGGAAGCUGUCCAGUUCGUCCUGAAACAGUGGCGAGCAAACAGGAGGAAGCAGCGCUGAGUUCAAAUCUUCCACUGCCAUGUAACUUGUUUGGCUUCCAUCCGAUCUGAACACCAUGGUACUUCAUCGCGAGUGCAGUUGAUACCUGCAAUACGGCAUGAUGAAGCAUGGGACCACGACCGAUUACCUAUUCCUAGUAGAACAUAAGUUGAUGCUCAUUGCAGUAUCAGCAUCAGGGUUAGUGAACCCUGGACGCUCUUAUUUCGCCUAUGUAAGUAGUUCUGUUGAACUUUGUUGUAGUAGUAAUGUCUAGGAUGCUCUCUUUGUGCUGGAAAUUUAGCCGUGGAACGUGCAGACGCGUAAUAAAGCAUGCUUGGCCCUCUGGUUUAGCAGCUGAAUUGGCUUACUGGCCUUUUGCCUUGCUU